AUGAGGUCGUUGCUGUUGGUGCUUCUGCUGAUUGGCGUCCAGGCUGUACUGAACAUGGGAGGUGUCCUGGGCCCGGUGGCAGCCAACCACAGCGCAGAACACCACACAGUAGCCAAUGGCAGAGCAGAACAGCAGCGGACGGCCCGCCUGUCAGUGUCACCUCAGCAGGAGCAGCCAGCAGCAGACAGGGAGACUCAGCAGAGACCCAGCCGGACCAGACAGGCCCACAGACCAGCCUCUCUACCCCAGGACAGGAGCUCUUCCCUGGGCCACUCUGAGACAGGCUCCCCCUCUACCCCCUCCAUCCCGGAGGUGGACCCCAAACUGUUCAGCAAGCGACGCUACCACCCCUCACCGCGCGUCGUCUUCAGCGACGUACCCCCCUCUCACCACGGCCUGGGUGGGGAGACGAGGGAAGAGAAGGGAGAGGAGGAAGUGGGGAGGGUGAUGGGUGGGGGAGUGAGGGUGAGGCGGAGAGCGGGGGGGCAGUCCAUGCACAGGGGGGAAUACUCCGUGUGUGACAGCAUCAGCGUGUGGUUGGGGAACCUGACCAAGGCCACGGACAUCGCCGGCAACGAGGUGGAGGUUCUACCAGAGGUGAAGAUAGACAACGUCCGCAAGAAACAGUUCUUCUACGAGACCACCUGCCGCGUGGCCACACCCCCGGGGGAUGGGGCUGGGGGAGGAGUUAUGGGAGGCGGGCCCAAGGCGGGGGCCAAAUCAGGGUGUCGCGGCAUCGACGGCCGGCACUGGAACUCGUACUGCACCAACUCACACACGUACGUGCUGGCGCUCACCAAGUCCAAGGAGCAGAUGGCGUGGAGGCUGAUACGCAUCAACGCAGCAUGUGUUUGUGUCCUCAGCCGCAAGUCCUGGAGGCACUGA